GAUUACAUUUUGGCCCACAUUCACUCUUGCGCACACAGAUGUGCGCAUCAGCAGGUCAAUGAGCGAGGUCUCACAGGUGUUGAGGCAGACCUUUCAGUAAUAAUAGUGCGCCAGGUUCCCCUCUGCGUCGCCUUUGUUUGAGAAGUUGUAUCUGUGGGUGAGAGCUACAAACCUUUCAUCAUUAAGCGACAAGUUACCGAGCGAGCCGCACCGGAAAAUGAGUUUCAGCAACAAAUUCAGGAAGCUGAUCGUCAAGCUCGGCAAUACAAGCAAUGAUGAACCAAUUAAGGGGGACAUCACUGCUGUGGGCCCUCGAUCGACUGCGGACUCCCCCAGCAGCAUGCAGCACAGUGCAACUCGAAUUUGUCGUCAGGAGACGUCCCCAGCCUCCUUUGGGGAUACUAAUGACGUGGUACAAACGGAAGGCGUGAAAGUCCUCCAGCGCACGCAGUCGACGCUCGAGCCGUCCGGGUCGCCGCGCGGCGGGUUGGCAGCGGCGGCGGUGGUUGCGCGCUUCAGGCUGCCCAGCCUGGGCAGUCCCAAGGCGACGAGCUCGGGGCGGCCUGCCCUUGGAACACCCCAGUGCACCGGCGGAGGCCACGGCGAGCUGAUGUCCCCCACGACCUUGGACAGCGGCAGCUUCAGCCAAGAGGGCCUUUCCGGCCAGCACGCAGCAGCUGCUGGGCCCUUGCCUCUCGCCCGCCAACUUGCGGCAGCUAGCAGCCGUAGCCGCCGCCGCCCGAGCCGCCGGAGUCUGCUGAUGCUGGGAAGCAGCGCGGCGGUGGUUCCCGUGUCUCACUGCGGAGGAGGAGGCGCAGCGGCAGCGACAGCAGCAGCGGCGGCAGUGGGAGAGGCGGCGCCGCCAGCGGCGCCGGCGCCGGCGCAGCACCAGCAGCUACGAGGGGUGAAGGUGCGUGUGUUGCGCUCCUCACAGAGUGCGACCCAGCUCAUCAUGAGGCCCGCCAGACCCACAUCGCCCACAUCACCAGAAGGCGGCAUGAACGACAUCGGCGGCGCCGCCGCCGCCAGCUGCGGGCGGCGGCCCACCGCAUGCCACGAGUCGCAGCAGCUUCCCAGCCCCGGCCCACCCUGCGGCGGCAGCAGCAGCAGGCUCGCCUAUUCCAGUAGCUUCAUCACCACCGCCGCAAGCGAUAACAGCAACAGCUACAACAGCAACAUCUUGAUCGGCACACUAUGCAGCCCGACUACCCCGCCGGCCGGCCCCCCGGCGCCGCCCGCGGUGCAACAGCUUGCACCGCUGUCACCGGUGGCCGCGUUGAAGGCGUCGCCGCGAACGGCGGUGCCGGCCGCCCGCACGGCCAGUCGCCUGAGCAGCCUCUGGUCACCCGGCGGCGGCCACCAGCAACAGCAGUACCAGCAGCAUCCAGACCCGCCCGCCGCGGCCCUGCAGUCAUCGACCAGCACGCCGCAAAUGCAGCUGCAUCCCCCGCACGUGUUGCCGGAUGCCGAGGCUGCUCCUGCCUUCGUGGUGGAGGCCUGGCCAGCCCUGUCGCUGUCUUGCUCGGCCUGUCCCACCGUCAACCUGUCGCCGCCGUCACCGGCGUCGCCCUUCGCCGCGUCUGCUGCCGACGGCGGCGGCCUGCUGGCGGCGCCAGCCGCUGCCGCCGCCUCGACCGCCCCCGCCGCGUUGGCCGCGCCAUCACGCGCACGGCGGCUGCUGGCACCUGCGCCGGCGGAGGAUGCAGCAGCAGCUGCCGCCGCCGCCGCCGUCACCGCUACUGCCAGAUCUGCGGCAGUACAGGAGCUGUACGGCAGCAGCAGCAGCAGCCGCAGUGCGCCGGCCUGCCACCAGGCGGCGGUGGGUGAUGGCGUGCCGGGACCGCAGCCGCCAGCAGCAGUGCACGUGCCUGUGGUGGCGGCGGCGGCGGCGGGUGCUGUAGAUGCUGCUGCAGUCAUCAUCAACCGCCGCGGCAGCAUAUCGCUCAUGCCGCAGCAGCAGAGGCCAAGCACCGCAACACUGCAGCAGCAACAGCAACAGCAGGGAGGCCGUGGGGCUUCUCAAACGUUGGCGGCCCCAAGGCUAACCUAUGAGGUGGUGACUGCUGAUGUGGAGUAUAGUGCUGCUCCUGCUACUGCUGCCGCUACUGCCGCCGGUGCUGGCUCGCCAUUCUCGCCUCCAUCGCCGGCAGACAUGUGGGGGGCCGCCGCGGCCGCCGCCUCCGGCGGGCCCCAGCAGGGCCUGCUGCAGCCGUGCUUGCCGCCUCAGGCAGCAGUAGCCACCGCCGCGUCACCACCAGCUGGCAUGAUCAUCGGCAGUAGCGCCAACAACAGCAGUAGCGGUGACGUGCCGGUAGCGGCGGCGCCGGGCGCUGACGCGGCCGCGGCGGCCCUUCCUCACUCGGCCGCUGCCACAGCCGCCGCCGCCGCCGCUGCUGACGAUGCGGCGGACGCUGCUGGCGGCGGCGGUGGCCGCGCGGGGCGCGUCCGGCGCCCGGCCAAUGCUGUGUACGACGAACUGAUGCCACAGCGGCCGCUGCCGCCCAGAAGCGUGCUGCACCUGUCCAUGUCGGCGCCGGCGGCGAUGCUGCACGGCGUGGUGUCGUCGCAGAAUGCCUGGGGGCUGUCUAACUUCAAGGUGGUUCGUGACAUCUACCAGGGCUAUGCAAGCACCGUGCACAAGGCUGAGUGCCUGCACUCGGGCGAGCCUGUGGCGCUCAAGGUGUACCGGCUCAAAGGGCAGUCCGACUUCCUGCGCUACCAGAUGAUGCGGGAGCUGCACAUACACGCCCGCCUGGCGCACGACAGCAUGGUGCACCUGAUAGGCGCGUUCCAGGACGGCAACAAGCUGGUGAUGGUGCAAGAGUACAUGCGCGGCGGCACACUGGCGCGCGUGCGCGAGGAGCUGGGCGGCCGCCUGAGCGAGUUCCAGGCCAUGCACCUGGUGCUGGUGCCGCUGCUGCGGGCGCUCGCGCACCUGCACGCCCGGGGCAUUGUGCACAGAGACAUCAAGCCGGCCAACCUGCUGUUCACGCCCAACUGGCGCAUCAAGCUGUGCGACUUCGGCGUGUCCAUCUGCCUCAGCGAGGAGCGCGCCGUCACGCGCACGGGAUCCAAGGACUACAUACAUGGCGCCGGAGGUGACGGUGUGCCCGCUCAAGAGCCGGGUCGAGGACAACAAGGAGAGCGAAGAGCUCGCCUACACGCCCGCCGUGGACGUGCCGGCAGGGCCGCAGCAUACGGUCCCAGAGCCAGCAGCAGCGCCCGGCGCGAGCCGGCAGAUGAGCUGUGCUUUCCCUCCAGCGUGGGCGAGCCGGCGCGCGCCUUCAUACGCGCCUGCCUGCAGCUGAACCCCGCCGACCGGCCCACGGUUCGUGAGCUGCGGCAGCACGAGUGGGUCAUCAAAUCACUGGAGGCGCCGAUCAAGUCGCCAUAGAUGGCGCCAGCUCGAAAGCUAGUCAGCAAACCACCUUUAGUAAGCUUUCGUAAGAUGGCACAAUUUUGCAGGAGCGCGUUGGCGGACCCGUCAAUCUUGGGGACCAGCCAAGGCCUAAGGGGUGUGGCAUCCCUGCCUUCUGCGGGGGGCCCUGCCUCCUGCUGCCGCGUGCCGUAGUCCCACGGCGUUUUCCACCUUACUAAACACAUGCUUGCUCACGGUGCUGGCUGCUGAGAACCAAUGGUAGUAUGAUGGCCCAUGGCACUGGGAUGAUCGAGAUUCGCUAUUAUGAUGGGCACAUGGUGGGUCAGGAUCGGGCAAAUUCUUGAAUUCAUGUUGAAUUGCGCACGGUUUGGCCAUGCGUGCUGACAGCGCCGGCUAGCACGCACCGUGCAGAGCUUCCAAACCCGGCAAUUUAACCCCCCCGAACCACGAAGCACGACCUGCGGGAUCAUGCAUGGAAGGAAGCGGUGUUGUGCCAGUGCACUCUACUACACUAUGCUUGUUUCCCGUGUGAUGAUAGUAUGUUUACACAACCUGAGCAUACAUGGGGCCCAUGAGCCAGGGACUACUAGCCAUCUACAAUUCUGUGUCUGGGCAAAGAGCGUCCGCGGGGGCAACGUACGAAUGGCCUGAAUGCAGGUUAUUAUGUGAAUACUACAUGCUUACCGUAUGUUUCACGUAUGUUUUACGUAUGGAUGGCUUGUGGAAGGCGCCUGGGGUAGGUUGUGCAGUUCCGUUCCAGAGUGAGCUGCUAGCGCUGCGCAGUGCCGGUACCGCGUGUGGAAAGCACGGCAGGUAUGGGUCAGCCCCUCUGGCGGGUGGGUGGCGUGGGUGUAGUGCGGUGCGUGCUGUGGAAAAAACGGUCUGUCAUCUGCUAGCUAGCCCCAAUACUAUAAAGAUAACGCAGCACAACAUUGGGUGGGUGAAUUUGGCAGUGGCGAGGGCACUAAGUAGGUCGCCCCAGGUCGUCCGGUGUUGCACGACUGCGAAUUGUGCCGGCCAAGUUCAGCCUUGCACGCAAUUAUGGUGGUGUCCCUAGACUACAAUUGACAGUAGCAUGGCCGGCUCGCCCAGUUGGUGGAUGUAGGUGCGCGUAGCCGCGCAUGCAAUGCAGGGGAGAUGGGUUGUAUGUACGGCGCUGGACCGCAUGCGCCCAGCUGGCUUUGGUUGGAGACAUUUCCUUUGGUAGCUCUGCUUACUCGAUGGACAAAAGGCGCAGGUAGUUGCCGGAUUGUGGGCGGACCACACAUCUUUUUUGACAAAACAAAUCAGA